GGGUGAAACAAGCUCCAUGAUGUCUUCUUCUCUUUGCACUAAGUGGAAUAUGAAAGGACGAAAUGGAUCCAUGAAUGGCGGCUGCAGGUAACACAUCAUCAAAGGGAGGUAAGACUGUGCUGAUUGUGUACGCUCACCCCAAACCUGAAUCGUUCAAUGGCGCCCUCCUGCAAAAGGCUAUCAAAGAGCUGUCGUCAAAAGGCCACAACGUCAUCGUGUCCGACCUGUACAAGAUGAAAUUUGAUCCACUGGUUCGACUUGAAGAUUUUUCAGUUUCAGAUGCAGGUCCAUCUGAUGUAAGCAAGGAUGUCCAGGAGGAGGUGGACAAGGUGGAGCAGGCGGACCUGGUCGUGUUCCAGUUCCCGCUGUAUUGGGGCUCAUUUCCCGCCAUACUGAAGGGUUGGAUGGACAGGGUCAUACAGGUCAUGUCGGGGUUCGUCCGCAAAACAGGAUUCUACAAAAAAGGUGAUUUGAAGGGUAAAAGGGCGCUACUGUCCUUUACUACCGGAUCUCCGAGCAUACCCCAGGAGUCCCUGGAAGCCAUGCUCUUACCAAUGCAAGUUGGGACUUUGAACGUGGUCGGAUUCGACGUCCUUUUAUGGCAAGCACCCCCUCAGGUUUCAUUUGGUGUCGAGAAAGGUUGGGACGGAGGAAAAGGUUUCUGAAGGAAUAUCUAGAUGACUGGGCUUUGCGUUUGUCCACUGUGUUUGAAGAACCGACGCCUGAGAUGCUGACUGUUAAAACAUGGGCCAAAAAGCAUUCUAAAGCAUUCUGUAGCAUUCUGUAGCAUUCAUGUUAAUCUCGGUGAAGUGAAUGUAUGGUUACAAUGGGUACGCCUUUUGGCGUUAUGCUUCCAAUUAUACAAGGACAGAAAUAGGCAAAAUUUUACAAUAUCUAAGGGAAACAUUUGUCUUUUCUCGUUUGACGACUUCCUAAAACAGUCGAAAGUCAUGAUGAUCCAAAAAUUAAACCUCAA